GCGGAUUGUGGAAGAGGAAAGGGAGAGCGCUUGUUGCUGUGGCCGAAGGAGCUCCUUUCCCGGGCAGACGCGGGAGCGGCCGGUUCGGCUGAAGCUGUCCACUAUGAGGAGAGUCACGCUGUUCGUUAACGGCACGUGCACGAACGGAAAGGUGGUGGCCGUGUACGGAUCGCUGGAGGACCUGCUGUGUGUGGCCGGCUCCAAGCUGGGCAUUCGAGCCUCCAAUGUGUACAACGGGAACGGCGGUCUCAUCGACGACAUCGCGCUGAUCAGAGACGAUGACGUGCUGUACGUUUCUGAGAGAGACUCAUUUGAAGAUCCUCAGGAUGACCCCAGAGGCCCUGAUAAGGAUCAGACUCACACCGAUUGGCUGACUCUCAAUGUCGGUGGACGCUGCUUUACGACGACGCGGAGCACGUUAGUCAGUAAGGAGCCGGAGAGUAUGCUGGCCCACAUGUUCAGAGAGAAAGGUGAGCACAGCUUCACGUCAGCAGGAAGUGGUGCAUGUGCAGCGUGCUUUAAUCAUGCGCACGUUUCAGACGUGUGGGCGAACAAGCGUGACCGCCAGGGCGCAUACCUGAUCGACCGCAGCCCGGAUUACUUCGAGCCCAUCCUGAACUACCUGCGGCACGGACAGCUCAUCAUCAACGAGGGGAUCAACCCCCUCGGUGUGCUGGAGGAAGCCCGCUUCUUUGGGAUCGAGCAGCUUGCCGAACAGCUGGAGGCCCUUAUAAAGUCCUCUCAGCCUGCUGACGAUCACUCACCUUUGACCCGGAAAGAGUUCAUCAGGUUCCUGUUGGCCACGACCACAAAGUCCGAGCUGCGCUGUCAGGGUCUGAACUUCACCGGUGCCGACCUUUCUCGUCUGGACCUGCGUUACAUCAACUUUAAGAUGGCGAACCUGAGAGGAGCCAACCUGACCCACGCUAACCUGAGCGGGGCCAACCUGGAGCGAGCCGACCUGUCCGCGGCCUGCCUUGACGUGAGUCGCCGCCCACCAUCACCUAAUCGUCGUGUACAAUAACUUUGAGCCCUCAAAGUUUUAACAGCCCAGGAGAUAUCCACAGCUCUGUUAGAAACUGAACCCAGAUCAGUUUAAUUUUCACAAUCUGAUUAUUCAACCUGGUGUCUGAGCACCUGGGUGAUCAUCUGUCACAAUCUGAAUGACCUGCAGCACUUUGACACUUGUUUCUGAUCACUCUUCUGGGUUCGGAUUCAGAUCGGCAGGUGGGACAGGUGUCUGCUGUAUCUGGCUGUGAUUGCUCUGUGUCAGAAUUGUGUGUGUGUGUGUGUGUGUGUGUGUGUGCCAAGGUUAUUAUCGUUAACGAAAACUAGAAGUGAAAAAACA